AUGGCAGACCAAAUUCACCCUAUUUACCGCACUUGGUUCCUCUGGGUCGAUCCAAUCCUGACUCUCGCGGGCAUGUACGGCAAUUUAUUCGCCCACGACCUCGCCGUCGAGGCCUUCUUCGCCAACUACCCGCUCACAGAAGAGCUCAAACCUUUCCUCUACCAAAUCGGUGGCAUGGGCACGUCGUACCUGGUCUUGCUCGUGUUUCUCCAGCGGUACACGCAAGAUGUCGUCGUCUGGAAGAUUUUGCAUUUUGCCAUUCUCUGGGCGGACUUUACCAUGUUGACGUCUAUUUAUGUGGCGAUGCGACAUGAGGGAACUCUUGCGAUUUCCAACUGGAGGCUUUUAGAUUGGUUCAGUAUCGUUAUUACCGGUAUUUGUACCGUUUUGAGGGCAUUGUUUGUGUUGGGGGUGGGAGUCAAGGCGUCUGGCGGGAAGAGGAAGAGGGCCUGA